AAGAAUGAAUUAGAGCUCAUUUCAAAUAUAAGCAAGUUUCCGAUGGUUUUUGACAAACAACAAUUGGAAAAAUUUGCCAGCAAAGUCAAUGCAGAUAUUGAAUUUGUUCAUGAAUUGAAGGCAUUAUAUGGUGAUAAUUAUUGGAUGUAUGACUAUGUUUUACAUGAAGCCGAGUUCAGAACAAUUGCCAAUGCAAAAUUGCUCUUGCUGGUUAAAGACAACAAGGAAUUAAGACAUGCUGUUGAGUUGCUCAUGGUUGCAAAUAAACCUGAAUAGGAACAAAUGCGGGUAACCUUUUAUAGCAUCAACAUAAAAAUAGCCAAGUUAAGUGAAGGAAAAAAAUUUUCUUACUUGUCAGAACAACCAGCUUUUUCUUAAGUACGAGUUAAUUCAAUACCUAUAAAAUUGUUUGCAAUCCAUCUUGUUUUUUUUUUUGUAAUUCUACCUAUGGGUCAUGAUGUUAGUGAUCAGUCUUCCAUAGUCUAUAGUGGGAAGCAAAGUUUAUUAAUGUGGCCAGUUGUGUACUCAGACAACGCCUGAUUAACACGCGGCAAGUCUAUGUAGUUGGCUCACCUGUAUCGCCUUAAAAUCUCCAUCUAAAGACCUUUGUCGAUGCUCAUCUCUAGAUUUUUUUUCUACUACUCAAAGACAACAAAAACAUUUUUACUCUACUUAAUAGAUCGCGCCACUAAAACAACCAUGAGCGAAGAAGAGUCAUUCUCCGUAUGCCCAACAUGUUUAGGCAACGACAAGCACAUUCGAAUGAUCAAACAGGAUAAUGGAGCUGAAUGUAAACAGUGCACUCGACCUUUCACAGUUUACCGAUGGGGUAAUCGAUCAGCAUCAAAUAAAUUGAAUAAAACCUUGAUAUGUUUGACUUGUGCCCGAGCCAAAAACUGUUGUCAAUCAUGUAUGCUAGAUAUCAACUAUGGCAUACCCACUGAGCUAAGGGAUACUGCAUUGAAGUUAGCUGGGCUUGAACCAUUGUCUGUAUUGAAGUCCCUGACUAAUCGUGAAGUGAAGGCAAUUAUGGCUGACAAAUUACAAGAAUCAUUUAGUAAACAAGGCAAAACGGGCGAGGACGACAAUCAAACUAAAGCCAGAGAUAUUUUAAUGAAACUCGCACAAAAACUUAAUUCAACACCCAAAGCCAUCGAAGGACCAAAUACCAACCCCGAAGUGGCUGAUCCAGCCAAUGUCUCCAAACUUUCAAAGAAAUUGCCAUUUGGAAAUCUGUUAGAAUCAGACAAACACCAAGAUAUCACUACAUUUUUCAUAUUUGGAUUCCCUAAAGAUCUCCCUCAGUAUUUAGUAGCAAAAGCUUCUGAAGAGUAUGGAAAAGUGAAGGGGAUUGUCCUCAAUCAUGACAGUCGAUGUGGAUUCAUACUGUUUGAAAAGCGAGAAUCAGCAGAAGCAUUUGCGAAAUCAAUCGAUGAGAAUGGGUUGAAUAAGAACAAGAAAACAGCAGGAUUGUUAGUACUAGAAGGUAAUCCUAUGAGGGUGUGUUGGGGUAAACAGAAACCAUUGGCAAAAACCAGCCAUGAAAACAAACAAAUCAGUUUGGUAGUGGCGAAAGUAAUGAAGCAGCUAGCCGAAAAGGAUAGGGAUUUUGCAAGGACAAAGGCCACAACAAGUUCUAGUAAGAGCAAUACCAAAUCGCUGUCGCACAGUGAUAAGUCCUCAUCUAAACGCAAUAAGCCCCUGCAGGUAAAAUAUAAGGCGUUGAAAGACGAUUUUGAGAUCUGAUUUUCUCAACGUUCCAGGAUUUUUUUUUUCCUCCUAUGUAUAAUUAUCAACUAAGACAACAGUUUCUCUUUUGUAGCAGCAUUAGAUACAACAAUAAUGGAUUUUGAAUCACU